GACCAGGUCUAGAUGGUAGAUAGAAGAAAAAUCGAGAGAAAAAUGGGAUGGCGUUUCUUGAGUUUUCUCUUCCUAAGUUUGAUCGUAUUAUCUGAAACUACCACAAAUGCUUCUCAAUGCCCAAUCAAGGGUUUGCCACUUGUGAGGAAUAUUAGUAAGCUUUCAGAGGAUAGUUAUGGAAGAGGAGGUUUGUCUCACAUAACUGUUGCUGGUUCUGCCUUGCAUGGCAUGAAAGAGGUGGAGGUGUGGCUUCAAACAUUUUCUCCAGGUUCACAUACACCAAUCCACAGACACUCAUGCGAAGAAAUUUUUGUUGUUCUGAAAGGAAGUGGCACUCUCUAUCUUGCUUCAAGUUCACAUGAGAAGUUUCCUGGAAAACCACAAGAAUAUUUUAUCUUUCCUAAUAGCACAUUCCAUAUCCCUGUCAAUGAUGCUCACCAGGUAUGGAAUACAAAUGAACAUGAGGACUUGCAAGUGCUUGUUGUAAUAUCACGUCCACCAGUCAAAGUGUUCAUAUAUGAUGAUUGGUUCAUGCCUCAUAUUGCUGCAAAAUUGAAGUAUCCAUACUAUUGGGACGAACAGUGUCUUCAAGUUCAAGCACCUCCAAAAGAUGAGCUCUGACUGCAAUUGUUUGUGCAUGUGACUACAAAGUUGUGCUGUUUCUAUAAAGUACUCGUUUGAGUUUUCUUACCAAAGAGGAUAAUAGGAGAUCUCUUGACCCGUACAGUAACAUUAGUUGUUAGAAGGAGAAGAUGCAAAUUUCUCAAAGUUAAAUAGGGAGUACCUGAGUGGUGUUUGGGGGUCUAUUAUCAGGCCUUAAAUUGCAAUUCUUUAUACCUAGAUUUACGACAAAUUAAAAUUUUAA